AUGAAGUGGGGCUGGGUGAUUGUGGCAGUUUUACUGUUUUUUGGGGCAUUUUUACAAGCCAAGGAGAGCCUGGACUUCCCUGAGUAUGAUGGCAAAGAUCGCGUCCACGACCUCCAUGUCAAGAACUAUAAGUCUGUGAUGAGGAAGUAUGAUGUGUUGGUGGUGUAUUACCAUGACCACCCCGGAUCCAGCCGCGUUGCCCAGAAACAAUUUCAGAUAGAGGAGUUGGCUCUUGAGCUUGUAGCCCAAGUGCUUGAUGAGUUUGAAGAUGAAGAUAUUGGAGUUGGUCUCAUUGAUGCAAAGCAUGACAAAGAUCUUGCUAAGAAAUUAGGUCUUGAGGAGUCCGACAGCAUCUUCAUCUUUACAGAAGAUGAGGUCAUUGAGUAUGACGGAGAGCUUGCAGCUGACACUCUUGUGGAGUUCAUAUAUGAUGUUCUGGAAGACCCUGUGGAAAUCAUUGACAAUAGCAAGGAGCUGAAAGGCUUUAAAAUCUUAGAAGAGGACAUCAAACUGGUGGGCUACUUUAAGAAUCACAAAUCCGACCAUUUUGAGGCUUUUGCUGAUGCAGCAGAGGAGUUCCAUCCUCACAUCAAGUUUUUUGCAACAUUUAACCCCAAGGUAGCCAAGGCUUUGGAGCUAAAAAUUAAUGAGGUUGAUUUCUAUGAGCCUUUUAUUGAAGAUCCUAUGGUAAUUCCUGGUAAACCAUACACUGAGAAAGAGUUGGUCAAGUUCAUUGAAGCCAAUGACAGACCUACCCUCAGGAAGUUGCAACCACACAACAUGUAUGAGAUUUGGGAUGAUGAUGUUGCCGGCGAACACAUCAUUGCUUUUGCAGAGGAAGCUGACCCAGAUAGUUUUGAGUUUUUGGAGAUCCUCAAACAAGUCGCAGAGGAUAACACAGAUAAUUCAGACCUGAGUAUCGUGUGGAUCGACCCAGAUGAUUUCCCUCUGCUCCUUCCUCAUUGGGAGAAAACCUUUGGAAUUGACCUUUCCUACCCCCAGAUUGGUGUUGUUGAUGCCAGUGAUGUAACCUUUGCCCCCAACCAGACCAUUCUCCUCUUAGACAUGAAACUAAAAACCUGCCACCUUGACCUCAUUCCAGCUCCCCUCAUGAGAACCUGCAUCCCCACGCUCACACCACUCAUCCACACCAUUGUGGAGUUGGGAAAAGUAUGA